AUGGCGACACCGCCAGAGCGCCCUGCGUCGCCCAGUUCGUCCACCAGGAGCGACCUGAUCCGUUCCUUCACUACCUCGUCCGACACUUCUGCCUCUGAGCGGAUCGCGGCCGCGAGGGCGGCGCGGGAGCAGCGACGGAGGGAGAGGGAGGAUAGCAGCGCGCUGACGGACGCGAUGGAUGGGGCGGAAGAAGCGGCGGGACAGGCAGAGACGGCGACGACCAGCUCUCUCGUCCCGAAACUAGUCGGCCACUCUGCCUCGGACCGUUCUUUCAGCCCAUCGGUUCCCAGUACACCUUCUCGCUCCCGCUCCACCGCGUCGCCGCAUGACUCGCCCGCAAAGACCGUUUCGCCUUCGCCUUCGGCACCGACUGAACCGAACCCAACGAGCGCGCCUUCUCCCGCCUCUUCCAUCCGCCAACCUUCACCCCCGGUUCCUUCCGUACGCUCACCUUCGCCGAGCAACGUCGCGCUCGCCGGCGGUUUGAUGGAGCGGUUGAAGGCUCAGCGAGCGGCCAAGGCGGCGUCUGAGGCGAAAAAGGCGGAGUCGGUUGUGAGCGAGGCGUCUUCGCAGCCGAGCGCCGAGAGCGCGAAACCGACACCUCCGACAUCGACGGCCCCUUCGCUUUCAGCCGUUCCAGUCGCGCCGGCAGCUAGUGAACCAUCGACGGAGCCGCCAGCUCUUUCGCCGGCGGAGUCAUCGCCAGAAUCGACCGCGCACGCCGACGUUCCAGUGCCUGCGCAAGAUACGCAUGCGAGCGACUCUCGCCGUACGCAGACCUCGACUAUCUACGGGCGCAACGGCGAAGAGAUCGACUUCGAUUUUCACCAGCUCUCGGACGUGCCCGAACGUACGGAGCGAGAGUCGCUGUCGACCUGGCGAGACUCGUUCCAGCAGAAGCCCCGCCCUCUCUCGCUUUCCUCGACUAUCCCUCGAACCCCUUCCAGUCCCGAACAGCCGCGAUCUACCUUCCCCAACCGUUUCUCUUACACGAGUAGCGCUACAUCCAGCGCAGAAGAUGCAGCAGCAUCCUUCCCCCGUCCACCUCGCUCUCGCCAACCCUUGCCUUCGUCCUGGUCCAACUCUUCCCUCGGCUCGGACCCGAUCACCCAGCUCAGCCGUCGAAGCAUCUCGCCCGACAAACACGUCAGCGCUACCUCCCAACUCCUCGGUCGCAGCGGUUCAGUCGGAUCCAUCUUUCCCAGCAGUUCGAGCGGGUCGUCCUCCGUCCAUCCUCCUUCGUCCCGCUCGGAAUCCGACGUCGCGCGACAGUCGAGUCCUACGCGUCGCAUUUCGCCAGAGCUUGCUCGAAAGGCGGCCAAGUUCGAAGGCGGAGCCGUUUCCGCCGUCCUCACGCCAACUCCUCGCCCGCCACCCGCGCAGGACGAGCGGAUCCCGCAUGCACCGAAGGCGGCGGCGUCGGAACGCACAACAUCGAUCCGCACGACCAGCUCCACGGCGUCAUCUUCGCCUGCGAACCCACCGCAGCAGCCUCUCCAGGAUGUUGAGGACCCGCUUGCCGAGAUCGACAGGCGAAGGACGCUUCGGCGACAGGCUCUCGAGGCUUUCCAGCGGCAGAUUGAGCAGUCAGAGCCGUCCUGGACACUAGGCGCUCUGCCUAGCCGUCGAGACGACGAGGUCGCCGAGCUGAGCGAGGCGACGCCUUCGUACCAACUUGAGAAGCCGCUGCCUGUACCAGCAGAUCGCGCCUCGACCGUCGACACUCGUCUUGCGAGAUCCGUUACGCUCGGCUUGCCCAUCCUGCACGAGGGCUACCUCCUCGUCCCGCCGACUGGCAACCCGCUCGCCGACCCGCAAGACUGGCCUCGCCGGUACUGUGUGCUCACACGCGAGAGUCUCGAGUUCCGCCCGACCGACCAGAACCCUCACGACCGACCCACCGUCUUCAUCGCCGAGUGCGCAAGGGUGGACGACGAUGCACCCACGCUGCCCAACUUCGUUCGCCCUUUCGCUGUCGUUCUCAAAGACGGGGACAGACUACUUUUCGCUGCCGAGACGCGCGCAGACAGGGUCGGAUGGAUUCUCGCCUUGCAGCAAGCGAUUCGACCCGUCGCCGAGCAAUCGCAGCUGCCCGCCCAUGUCGUCGCGGAUUCGGCUGCGUCUGUCCGCUCGCUCACGCCGCCGGGCUCCUUCUUCUCCGAGACGAGAGGCACCGUUAGAUCGUGGAGUCGGCGUAGCCCGCAGAAGGCGGCCGGGGUGCGCGAAAUGCCUGUCGCAACGAUCUCCUCGGACCGCAGCGACCGCUCUCUUCCACCCUUGCCGCCCGAGAAGCCUUCGACCCCUCUUCCUCCUGUACCUCCACUCCCUGGUCACCGACGCGCCCGUUCCGACUUGUCGAGGUACUCGACGCCGUACGACCAGCCGCCCUUCCGACCCAUGCCUACCAGACCAUCGUCCUUCCGCUCGGACAAGGAACCUUUGCGCAAAACGCUAUCGCCCGCAUCUCGCUCCGCGUCUUCGGUUGCUACGGCCGUCGAGCUCGAAGCGCUACAGCGGGAUGUACAAGCAGCUCUCGAGCGAGCGCGAGAUGGCAAGGUCGGGAAGUCUCGACGGGACCGCUACCGCGAAAUGCAGGCGCGGCUGAGGGUCGUGCAGGACAAGUUGGGAGACUCGUCGUCAAUCAAGACGGUUCAGGCGGGACAGGCGCUCUGGGACAAGCUCGACCGCCUCGUCGCCGCAAACGAGCGCCUUCUCCAGAAGCAGGAAGAGCUCGUGAAGGGCGACGCCGAAGCCCGCGCUCGUCGACUUGAGCAGGAAGAAUACGAGCUCAAGGCGCGAGUUGACGCUCACAUCCAGGACUUGCUGAGGAACCCGCUUGAGCGCCAGCAUCCCCUGCCGCCACUGCCCGACCAAUACCCCGAGACCAUCAUCCACGACAACGCCUCUCUCACGACUCGCGCAGCCAUUCAUACGACGCCUUCGGAGAAACUCGAAUGGGCGCGAACGCUCGAGCAGUUCAAGGCGCGUCCUGAUUUCUCUCCCCUGUGGCGCCCGGACUGA